AUGUUUCGUCCGCAAGUGAAUCUUAUAACAUGUAUAUCCAUCCUACAACUUCUGCACCCAUCUUCAGCCACACAAGAUGAUCUUCAUUACGUCGACCCCCUCAUCGGUUCAACGAAUGGUGGGAACGUCUUCGCAGGUGCAAGUCUUCCAUAUGGUCUUGCAAAGGCGGUUGCAGACGUAGACGGUCAAAAUACAGGUGGCUUCUCGACAGAUGGAAGCAAUGUCACCGGUUUCUCGCAUAUGCAUGAUAGUGGCACAGGCGGAAACCCGUCUAUGGGACAGUUUCCUUUGUUCCCGCAGUAUUGUCCUGACAACGCGGUCGAUAACUGCAAGUUUCUCAAGACAGCACGCGCAGAGCACUACGUAAAUGAUUCAGUUAUUGCGCGCCCGGGCUACUUCUCUUUGGAGUUGGAGAGUGGAAUCAAGGCAGAGAUGACGGCUGCAAGACGGACUGCCCUUUACCGGUUCACUUUUCCUGAGAAAAAAACUGAGAAUGGUUCGCUGUUGGACCCCUUGAUUGGGAUCGAUCUUACAGAUCUGUGGGAUAGCCGACAGAACGCGAGUAUUAGCAUUGAUCAUGACUCUGGACGGAUAAUGGGAAAUGGGACGUUCUUGCCUAGCUUCGGUGCAGGUUCUUACAAGGCUUAUUUCUGUGCUGAUUUUGCGGGCGCCACCGCUCCUAGUGACAGCGGAAUUUGGGUAAAUGACCGCGCUGGAUCCGAACCUAAAGAACUAUUUGUUACCCGUGGGUUUAAUAAUUUUUAUCUCCAGGCUGGAGGCUUUAUCAGCUUUCCCAGGCCGGAUGACGGCGUCAUUACUGCAAGGGUUGGAGUGAGCUAUAUCAGCUCCGAUCAAGCAUGUUCAAAUGCGGAAACAGAGAUAUCCGACCCUGUGAAUGACUUCCAGAAGAUGAGAGAGGCGGCCGAAGACGCAUGGAGCGAAAAGCUCAGCCCCAUCAAGGUAACCGCCGGGGGAGCCAGCGAUAGCAUGUUAAGCGCUUUUUGGAGUGGUAUUUAUCGGACCAUGCUUUCACCUCAAGACUUGACGGGCGAAAACCCAUUAUGGGAGAGCAAUGAGCCGUAUUUCGAUUCGUUCUAUUGUCUGUGGGAUGCCUUCCGGGCGCAACACCCGUUUCUCACUAUAUUGGACCCUCAAGCUCAGUCAAAAAUGGUCCGCAGCCUACUUGAUACGUUCAAACAUGAAGGAUGGCUGCCAGAUUGUCGCAUGAGUCUUUGCAAGGGUUGGACUCAGGGAGGAUCGAAUGCGGAUGUGGUGAUUGCAGAUGCAUACGUUAAGAAUCUGACUGGCAUCGACUGGGAGCUUGCUUACAAGGCACUGCUUAAAGACGCGGAAAAUGAGCCACUGGAAUGGUCCUACGAAGGGCGAGGAGGUCUUCAGAGCUGGAAGCGCCUGAAUUAUAUCCCGUACCUAGACUUUGACUACCUGGGAUUUGGAACGAACUCACGCAGCAUCUCGCGUACAGUGGAAUAUGCGUACAAUGAUUACACUAUUUCAGUGGUGGGCAAAGGUCUCGGAAAGAGCGACUAUACUACUUAUCUUUCUCGUUCAAUGAACUGGGAAAACUUGUUCAAGAAGAACCAAGCCUCACAUUUAGAAAAUGGAACGGACACAGGCUUUACAGGCUUCUUCCAACCAAAAUAUCUCAAUGGGACUUGGGGCUUCCAGGAUCCAAUCGCUUGCAGUGCCCUGGCUUCUUUCUGCUCAUUGACCUCAAAUCCCUCUGAGACAUUUGAAUCAAGUAUUUGGGAAUACCAGUUCUAUGUUCCUCACGAUAUGGCAUCUUUGAUCAAGUUGCUUGGGGGAGCAGAUUCAUUCGUCUCGCGAUUAGACUAUUUCCACAAAUCAGGAUUAGCUGACAUCGGCAAUGAACCUGUUUUUUUGACUGUGUAUGAUUACCAUUAUGCUGGUCGACCCGGUUUGUCCGCCGAACGGGCCCACUGGUAUAUACCACGAACUUUCAACGCUUCUGAAAAUGGUCUUCCCGGAAACGAUGAUUCCGGUGCAAUGGGCUCAUUUCUUGCAUGGAGCAUGAUGGGUCUAUUCCCAAAUCCUGGACAGAAUGUCUAUCUCAUAAUUCCUCCAUUCUUUGAGUCAAUCGAUAUCACUCAUCCGGAGACCAAUCAGACCGCGACAAUCCGCAGCAUCAACUUUGACCCCUCAUACAAAAAUAUCUAUAUUCAAAGUGCCAAGCUCGACGGAGAACCAUAUACGAAGAAUUGGAUCGGCCACGAGUUUUUCACUCAGGGUAUGACGCUGGAAUUGACGCUUGGGGACCAAGAAAGCGACUGGGGCACAAGCAAGGAGGAUUUGCCUCCAAGUCUGAGCGACUCGCUUGUACAAGAUGAGAUGCGUCAUGCAUGA